AUGCACCGGAUUCUGUGCCUGAGUAUAACCCUCUACCUUACAGGGAUCACAGCUCUAGGGAAGCUGCACUCCAACAAGCCUCUGGUGGCCACCAAGUAUGGGGUUCUGCAAGGAAAGCAGGUGUAUGUCCAGAAGAUGCCCGUCAAUGUCUUCCUAGGAAUCCCCUUCUCCAAACCUCCUCUGGGGGCCCGCAGGUUUGCAGCCCCAGAGCCUCCGGAGCCCUGGGAAGGAAUCCGAACUGCCACCAGCCAUCCCCCUUCGUGCCUUCAGGAGUCCUGGGGGCAGGUCAAUUCCAUGUACCUUCACACCGGCAAAUACUAUAAUUGGAUGACCUUCAGCGAGGACUGCCUGUACCUAAACGUGUAUGCGCCGGUGUUCGCACCCGAGGAACCCCCAAUCCCGGUGAUGGUCUGGUUCCCAGGAGGCGCCUUCCUCGUGGGUUCCGCUUCCACGUAUGAUGGCUCGCAGCUGGCAGCCCGCGAGAAAGUGGUGGUGGUGAUUCUGCAGUACAGACUUGGCAUCCUAGGAUUCCUAAGCACCGGCGACAGCCAUGCCCGUGGGAACUGGGCGCUGCUGGACCAGAUUUUGGCUCUGCACUGGGUGCAGGAGAACAUCAGGGCCUUCGGUGGAGACCCAGGCCUUGUGACCCUGUUUGGCGAAUCCUCUGGGGCCUUUUGCGUCUCAGGACUGAUGCUGUCACCCCUAGCCCGGGGUCUCUUCCACCGAGCCAUUUCCCAGAGUGGCACUGCCCUCGUCGACACAUUCAUCACUCCUGACCCACUCAAGGUGGCCAAGAAAAUUGCCCAGCUGGCAGGUUGCCAACACAAUAACACGCAGGUUCUAGUCAGCUGUCUGAGGGAUCUAUCGGGACAUCAGCUCAUGCGCAUAUCCAAGAAGAUGAAUUUCUUCCACUUCAACCCCCAUAAGGAUCCUCAGGAGAUUGUGUGGUUUCUGACCCCUGUGGUGGAUGGUGUGGUGCUCCUAGAUAACCCUAUGGCAUCCCUGAGCCGAGGCCAGGUUGCACCUGUGCCAUACCUUUUGGGCAUCAAUAGUCUGGAGUUCAGUUGGUCCCUGCCUUAUCUCCUGCAUAUCUCGCUGAAACCACACAACAUGAAUAAGGAGACCAUUUCCAAGAUGCUAUGGAGUACCAGCACCCUGAUGAAUAUCACUAAGGAGCAGUUGCCCAUAAUAGUGGAGAAAUACCUGGGCCAGAUCGACUACCGGGACUUGAAGAUGAUCCGGAAGCAAGCCGAGGAGCUGGUUGGGGACAUAACCUUUGUAUAUGCCACGCUGCAGACUGCUCGCUACCACCGCAAUGCUGGCUUCCCAGUCUACCUAUAUGAGCUUGAGCGAGCAGCUCCCUGUCACUUCAUUCACAAACCCCCAGCUUAUGGUGCCGACCAUGCGGAUGACAUCCACUAUGUCUUUGGGAGUCCAUUCUCCAAAGGCCAGUCCACAAGUGAGGAGAGAAUGCUGAGUCGCCAAAUGAUGAAAUACUGGGCCAACUUUGCCCGCACAGGAAACCCUAAUGAUGGAAAGCUGCCUUAUUGGCCUCCUUAUGACAAGGAUGAGAAGUAUUUGCAGCUGGAUUUCACCAUAAGAGUGGGAGCGAAGCUCAAGGAGGAGAAGAUGGCCUUCUUGAGGAGGCUGCGCCACGAUGAGGACCUGAGCGAAAGAGGCAUCCCCGAGGGGGCCAAUACAGGAAGAGCCACUACUCAGGCCUCAAAGACAUAA